AUGAGUCCUGACGGAGAGGAGUAUGACAUGUUCUGUCAGAAAGCCGUGACCCUGAUUGUUGACCUCUGCCUCCAGAACAAGCAGCUAUUGGACCAGGACACCUGCCAGGACUUCCUGUUUCUGCUGUCCAACCAAAACUCGGACCACAAGGAACCAGAAGAGAGAGAGAAAGAGAGAGAAAGAAAGAAAGAGAGAGAGCGAGAGAGAGAGAGGGAACAGGGAAACAUAGUGAGAGAGCCAGUCACCGACGUCACUUUUGGCCUCCUCCUCGGUGUGUUUGUGGUGUGUGGCUUGGUCCUGCUGACUCUUUGUGCCUUUGCCUCCUGGAAGCUGUGCUGGGUGCCUUAUCUGCGGAAUAAAGAGGCAGCGGCCCUCUCUUCCAACUCUGCAGCCCUCACUCCAGCCUGUGGUCCCCCAGACGACUGCCCUCCCUUCCACCUCCACCUCCACCCUCCUCACCCCCUCCACCACAACCAGCACAAGUUCCUCCCCAGCCCCAACCAGCAAAAGUCACCGGUCACCAUGGCUACGGAUAAGGUGAAAGACCCGAUGGGUUCCAUGGGAUUCCUAGAGGCUGCUGUGAAGAUAAGCCACACAUCGCCUGACAUCCCCGCCGAGGUGCAGCUCUCAAUGAGGGAGCACUUUUUGAGGCGCACGCAACGCAUGCAGCGGCAAGCCACUGAGCCCGCUUCCUCCACCAGACACAGCUCAUUCAAAAGGCACCUGCCCAGGCAGAUGCAGUCCAUCAGCCUGGACCUGGGCAACGACUAUGCGGAUGAGGACGAGCAGCCCACCAGCAUCGGACGCAUCAAACCAGAACUCUACAGACAGAAGACCUUGGAUACAGACGAGUCCGCCAAGAACAGCAACGCCAAGAACUGUGGGAAGAUCAACUUCUCCCUGAAGUACGACUAUGACAAUGAGGCCCUCCUGGUCAACAUCCUCAAGGCCUUCGACCUGCCCGCCAAGGACCUGUGCGGCAGUUCCGACCCCUACGUUAAAAUCUAUCUUCUCCCAGAUCGCAAGAAGUUCCAGACGCGCGUCCACCGGAAGACGCUCAACCCCACGUUUGACGAGUCCUUCCAGUUCCCCGUGCCUUAUGAUGAGCUGGCUGUUAGGAAGCUCCACAUGAGUGUGUUUGACUUUGACAGGUUCUCCAGACAUGAUAUGAUCGGGGAGGUGGUGGUGGAUAACCUUGUUGAGACGUCAGACCUCUCCAGGGAGACAGACAUUUGGAGGGACAUUCAGUACGCCACAACUGAGAGUGUAGACUUGGGAGAGAUCAUGUUCUCACUAUGCUACCUGCCAACCGCAGGACGACUCACUCUUACCGUCAUCAAGUGCAGGAACCUCAAGGCCAUGGAUAUCACUGGAUACUCAGAUCCCUACGUCAAAGUGUCUCUCGUCUGUGACGGGAGGCGUUUGAAAAAGAAGAAGACGACCAUCAAGAAGAACACUCUGAACCCCACGUACAACGAGGCCAUCAUCUUCGACAUCCCCCCAGACAGCAUGGACCACGUCAGCCUGCACAUCUCAGUCAUGGACUAUGACUUGGUAGGUCACAAUGAGAUCAUUGGUGUGAACCGUGUGGGGUGCAGUGCUGAGGGGCUUGGCAAGGGCCACUGGAACGAGAUGCUGGCGUACCCACGCAAACCCAUUGCACACUGGCACCCCCUACUGGAGGCCAAGAAAUCAGAGAAAGAGUGGAAACGCGGACGGCCAGUUUAG